ACUCAAAAAAAAAAAAAAAAAAAAAAAAGGUUGAUUAAAAUGAACGUCAGAAUUUAAAACCUUUUACUUCAAAAGACACUAUUCAGAAAAUGAGAAGACCAAGCCAAAUAUUUGAAGAAAGUGUUUGCAAAACAUACAUGAUUAAGGAUUGAAUCCAGAAUAUGCAAUUAGAACUUAUACCAAAACAACCAGUUUUUAGAAGGGCAGAAGAUUUGAACAGAUUUCACUAAAGAAGAUGUAUGGAUGGCAAACAAGCACAUGAAGGGUUGUUCACUGUCGUUAGAUAUUGAAGCCACAGUGAAAUACCACUGAUGAAUCCUCUAAAUUAGCUAAAAUAAAAAAGAGAUUGUCUUAAGUGUUGGUGAGAUGUGAUGAAACUAGAAACCUCAUACAUUGCUGCUAGGAAUAUAAAAUUGUAUAGCCCCUUGGGAAAAGUUUUGCAGUUUCUUAAAAAGUCAAACAUGUCGGGCUGGGCUGGGCUGGGCUACGCGGCUUGAGCCUGGCUUUAUCCAGAGCGAAAGACCCUGAUGGCUGCGGUGUUUCUGGUAAUGCUUUAUGAAUACUCACCGUUUUUCUAUAUCGCGGUGGUCUUUACCUGCUUCGUCGUGACUACCGGUCUGGUAUUGGGAUGGUUUGGUUGGGAUGUUCCAGUAAUUCUGAGAACUUCAGAAGAGACCCAGUUCAGCACAAGAGUUUUCAAAAAGCAAAUGAGACAAGUCAAGAAUCCUUUUGGCUUAGAGAUCACUAAUCCAUCUUCAGCUUCAAUUACAACUGGCAUAACCUUGACAACAGAUUGCCUUGAAGAUAGUCUCCUUACAUGCUACUGGGGGUGCAGUGUUCAAAAAUUAUAUGAAGCUCUGCAGAAGCAUGUUUAUUGCUUCAGAAUAAGCACUCCCCAAGCAUUAGAAGAUGCUCUGUAUAGUUAAUAUCUCUAUCAGGAACAGUAUUUUAUUAAAAAGGAUAGCAAAGAAGAAAUAUAUUGCCGGUUACCAAGAGAUAAUAAAAUUGAAGACUUUGGCACAGUGCCCACAUCUCGCUAUCCAUUGGUAGCGCUAUUGACCUUAGCUGAUGAGGAUGACCGGGAAAUUUAUGAUAUUAUUUCCAUGGUGUCAGUGAUUCAUAUUCCUGAUAGGACUUAUAAACUAUCCUGCAGAAUAUUUUAUCAACAUUUACUCUUGGCUCGAGGUCAAUUUCAUGAUCUUAAGCAACUUUUCAUGUCUGCAAAUGAUAGUUUCACUCCCUCCAACUAUUCCUCUUCAGAAGAAAAAAACACAGACAGAAGUUUGUUGGAAAAGGUGAGACUCUUUAAAAGUGAAGUUGAGCCAUCGGAGAACAGCAAGGACUGUGUUGUUUGCCAGAAUGAGACUGUGAACUGGGCGCUCUUACCAUGCAUACACACCUGCCUGUGUGAUGGCUGCGUGAAGUAUUUUCAGCAGUGCCCAAUGUGCAGGCAGUUUGUUCAGGAAUCUUUUGCACUUUGCAGUCAAAAAGAGCAAGAUAAAGACAAACUGAAGACUCUUUGAAGACAUUGUAACACUGAAAAUUACACUUUCUACUAAAGAUGCAGAAAUUGAUGAUCUUGGAAUUCAUUGUAACAUGGAAUCUACAGUAUUGGCCAUCAAUGAAAAUUCUAUUUUAACUUCAUAUUUGUAUGGUACAUGGAUGAUAAAAAUUAAUUAUUCCUUUCUGCUUAGUGAGUGAAUACUGAAAUCCAUCUGUGUUGAUACAUAAACAUUCAUUCAACUCUUGAAAAGAAUCUAAGAGUUUGGCCUUUUAUUAGCUAGAUUUCCUCUCACGUUAAUUAGAAAAAUCAUUCUGAAAGGCAAUCCAUUGAAAAUUUGAGGAAGUUAAAGCCUUAAGAUCACUAAAUGUUUUACCUUUGAUGUAAUCUGGAGAGCAAUUAAGAAAAAACUUAAUUCUUCUUAAAGUAAUUGUGUGUUCCCUAGUUUAUACAAAGGAGUUGGAAUGAGCUUCUUUAAAUCUUUUCCUGAAAUACCAGUUUUUAUAAAUAUCCAUCUGUUUGGUUUCUAAUCUCCCUUAUAGUUACAUAAAUACAGGUCAUAGUUUUUAAAUACUCGUUCUUAAAUCAUAAA